AUGGGGCUAUGCGGUCGAGAGAAGAUGGUCCAGCGCAAGAUGGUGCUGCUAGGUGAUGGUGCCUGCGGCAAGACAUCGGCGUUGAAUGUGUUUACUCGUGGCGAGCCCACGGUUUUUGAAAACUACGUUCACGAUAUCUUCGUUGAUGGCAUACAUGUGGAGCUCUCGCUUUGGGAUACAGCUGGGCAAGAAGAAUUCGAUCGAUUGCGCGCAUUGUCCUACGAGGAUACACAUGUGCUCAUGCUCUGCUUCAGCGUCGACAGCCCGGAUUCCUUCGAGAACGUCUCGUCAAAAUGGAUCGCAGAGAUUAACGAGAACUGUCCUGGCGUGCGGGUGGUCUUGACGGCACUCAAGUGCGACUUGCGCAAGGAUGAAGAAAUGAACGAUAACCCCGACACCAUCAGCUUUGAUCAGGGCCUGGCGAAAGCAAAGGAGAUUGGUGCAGUGAAGUACCUCGAAUGCUCUGCAGUCCAAAACCGCGGCAUCAGAGAAAGCUUCUACGAAGCUGCCAAGGUCGCCCUUGAGGUCAACGCCGGUGGGAGCUCAUCCUCCGGUGGGUCGUGCAUCAUCCAGUGA